CAGCAGGAUGGUGAUGUUACACAGCUAUUGUGAGGGAAAUGAAUCCCUGGCACAAGCAUGGACUCAAGAGGGAUUGUCCCCCUGCUUCUACUUCACACUGGUCCCUGCAGUGCUACUCAGUGUCUGUCUUCUAUUGGGUGCUCUACAGUAUACCUGUUAUGCUCAGUUCAGCCGCACCAUGGAACCAAAGUACAUCCCUCGGUCCCGCCUGUACUAUACUCAAAUUCUGGUCUCUCUAUUCCUCACUCUGAUGCCCUUCUGCACUUUCUUGUGGCAAGUGGUGGGCACCCAAGAACUUUAUGGAUAUAUGGUGCUGAAUGUCUGCUUGUCUACCAUUAGCUGGGCCACCUCAAUUGGGCUGCUGCACCUGGAACGCACCAGGGUGAUGGUGCAGGAUCGGAUCAGAGGCCAUGGAGCAAUCCUUCUACUCUACUGGGCUCUAGCUUUUUCUUCUGAGAAUUUGGCCUUCAUCUCAUGGAGCAGCCCACUCUGGUGGUGGGAAUUAAAAAACACUAACCAAAAGAUCCAAUUCAGCCUGUGGUUCCUGCGUUAUAUCAGCACCUUCAUCCUCUUCAUUUUGGGGAUCAAGGCCCCAGGACUGCCUCGAAAACCCUACAUGCUUUUAAUUAAUGAAGAUGAGCGUGAUGUGGAAACCAGUCAGCCCCUGCUUCCAGAUGCCAGGCAGAACACCUCCACAUGGAAGGAUAUGGGCCAGAAGAUACUCCUCCUUAUACAGUACAUGUGGCCAAAGAAGAACUACCCGCUACAGGGCAUGGUGAUAUUCUGUCUAAUGCUUAUGGGGAUGGAGCGUGCCAUCAAUGUCUUUGUGCCCAUCUACUACAAGCAUAUCGUGGAUGCCCUCACAGAGAGAGUGACUUGGCACAUAGUGCUUCAGACGAUUUGCAUCUACGCAUUCCUCAAGUUCCUUCAGGGAGGAGGAGCUGGGACAACUGGCUUCAUUAGCAACGUGCGCACUUUUCUGUGGAUCCGCGUGCAACAGUUCACCAGCCGUGAAGUCCAGGUAGAGCUCCUCCGGCAUCUCCAUAACCUGUCUCUUCGCUGGCACCUGGAGCGCAAGACAGGGGAGGUGUUACGCAGUGUUGACCGAGGCACUAGCAGCAUCAACAACUUACUCAGUUACAUCAUAUUCAGCAUCUUCCCCACCGUGGCUGAUAUUGUAAUUGCUAUUGUGUAUUUCGCCGUAACCUUCAGCGGCUGGUUCGGCCUCAUCAUCUUCCUCUGCAUGAGCCUUUACCUCACACUGACUAUAAUACUGACUGAGUGGCGAACAAAGUACCGCCGUGAUAUGAAUCUUCGUGACAAUGAUGCCAAGUCUCGAGCUGUUGACUCACUUCUCAACUUUGAAACGGUGAAGUAUUACAAUGCAGAGGACUAUGAGGCUAGACGCUUCAAUGAUGCCAUUAUGAAGUAUCAGCUUGGUUACUUUGGUGCAAUGGAGCUUCUGCUUUUUCUUUCCAGAAUGAUCCAGUCCUCAUUUAUUGACAUGGAGAAUAUGUUUGAGCUCUUCAGUGAGGAACAGGAG